AAAAGUUAAUACAAAAUGAAGCUACAAUUUUUAGUGCUGUCUUUCUUGGUACUUUACCUGCUCACAGUGGAAGCCUGCAACAGAGACGCGGAUCGUGAGAUCUGUGUGGCUAUAAAUAAGCGCUGUCGUGAAACCGAAGUGGUUAGGCCUAUUAUAAACCCCGAGGAUGUCUUGAUCCCUUUCAAUAAGGAAUGUAGCGAAAGGGUCGGCGCUGAUUGGCGCGAUGUGGUUCGUUGUGAUUUGGUGCGCGCGAUUUGCGAACUAACGAUUGUGCGUUGCCAGAAGGUCACUUGUCGCAAUGUGCAGGCGGUCAUUGAGUCUUAAUGUUUUGGUCGGCUUAUGAUUUUCGAAAGAGUUUACAAGUAAAA